AUGCGCUCCGCCGCCAGACUCAGCCGCAUCCUCCUCCUCCUCCUCCUCCUGCCGCCGCCGCCCGCCGCCGCCUACUUCGGGUCAGCACCGCCCGCGGGGACCGGCCCGGCACCGCCUUCGAGCCGGGACCGGGGGGAGAGCGGGGACACCGGGAACCGGGGCUGGGGGGACGGGGUGACAGUGGGACAGAUCGGGGUGACCAUGGGACAGCUUGGAUUGUCCGUGGGACAGCUCAGAGUGACAGUGGGGCAGCUGGGGGUGACAGUGGGGCAGCUCGGGGUGACCGUGGGGCAGUUCGGGGUGACCAUGGGACAGCUCGGAGUGACCGUGGGGCAGCUCGGAUUGUCCGUGGGACAGCUCAGAGUGACCGUGGGGCAGCUGGGGGUGACAGUGGAACAGCUGGGACUGACCGUGAGGCAGUUCGGGGCCGUGGAGCGCAGGUCCCCGCCGAUGCUCUGCGGAGGGCGCGGGGGCUCCGCGGGGCUGUCGCGGUCCCCGGACACGUUCCCGUCGCUGCGGGGGGGUCCGGGCCGAGCCGCGCACCUGCAGCGCCCGGAGCAUCCCCCGAGCUGUCCCGGGCCCGGAGGGGCGGUGCGGGCAGGGCUGAGGGAACGGGACACGGGGGCCGGGGGUCGCAGGAGCCUCCCCGAGCGGACCAGGGAGCUUUUACGGGAUGUGGAAACGGGUGACACACUCCUGGUCAGUGCAGUGCUGCUGCACAACAACUGCUCCCAGUUUGCAGCCCCCAAACCCUGCAUCAAAGUAAAAUAUUUUCUCUGUGAUUUCAAGCAUCCUGGAGAUAUCAGCCUGACCGGGAAGGAAGCCCUGACCCAUUUCCCAUCGCUGGGUGCCCCGGGGGGCUCUGGCCCGGGCAGGGGGCACCAGAAGCAGUGCGAGCUGCUGCAGCUGUCCCGCAAGCAGAAGCGGCUGUGCCGGAGGGAGCCGGGGCUGGCGGAGACGCUGCGGGACGCGAUCCGCCUGGGCAUCCUGGAGUGCCAGCUCCAGUUCCGCAGCGAGCGCUGGAACUGCAGCCUGGAGGGCCGGCCCAGCCUGCUCAAGAGAGGCUUUAAGGAGACGGCGUUCCUGUACGCCGUGUCCUCGGCCGCCCUGACGCACUCGCUGGCGCGGGCGUGCAGCGCGGGGCGCAUGGAGCGCUGCACCUGCGACGACUCCCCGGGGCUGGAGAACCGCAAGGCCUGGCAGUGGGGAGUCUGUGGGGACAACCUCAAGUACAGCACCAAGUUCCUGAAGAAGUUCCUGGGGCAGAAGAGGAUCGGCAAGGACCUGCGGGCCAAGGUGGACAUCCACAACACCAACGUGGGCAUCAAGGCGGUGAAGAACGGCCUCAAAACCACCUGCAAGUGCCACGGCGUGUCGGGCUCCUGCGCCGUGCGGACCUGCUGGAAGCAGCUCUCGCCUUUCCACGAGAUCGGGCGGCUCCUGAAGCUGCGCUACGACGAUGCCGUCAAGGUCUUCAGCACCAGCAACGACGCGGUGGGGCACUCGGAGCUGGCGGGGCCGCACCGCCACGGCCCCUCGGCCAAGCUGCCCGCGCUGCCCCGCCCCACCGACCUGGUGUACGUGGAGGACUCGCCCAGCUUCUGCCGGCCCAGCAAGUACUCCCUGGGCACCGCGGGCAGGACCUGCUCCCGGGAGGGCAACUGCGACAGCAUGUGCUGCGGGAGGGGCUACAACACCCAGAGCCGCCUGGUCACCUUCUCGUGCCACUGCCAGGUGCGCUGGUGCUGCUACGUGGAGUGCCAGCAGUGCAUGCAGGAGGAGGUGGUGUACAGCUGCAAGCAGUAGCCACAGCGCCCAGCGGCGGGGACAGGGCAGGGACAGGG